UUUUUUCUUUUCUUUUUAAUUUGUGGAUGUACUCCCAUCUACCCUGUCCACGGUAAAAGCGGCAACGUCGGCGGCGUCCUGAAGGUGAAAAAAUCAAGACUCCACACUCCCAACGUGCACCUCAUUCCUGUGCUCUGUUAGGAGGUCUUCUGCACGCACCACCGAUGUCGUGGUGAUUGGUCUAAUGUCAGGUGGUUCACCCGACAUGGUAGCGCUCAUGGCUGCUCCAUCUUUUCUGACAUCGGAAGUUGAUUGAUCCCACAACGUCUUCAGGAGUGGGUUAUUGCUUGUCUUAUUAGUCGCCGCACCCGUAGUUGGGUUGUUGUUUUCUUUUUUUGCCCCCUCCCCAUUUGUCCUCGUUUAUUUCUUACUUUUGCCUCGGGCUUUUUGCUUGCUAUGGUCUUUACAUGUUACAAUCAUAAUCAACAUCCUUAUCAGAUCCCUGCUCAACAUUUCAUCUCAGUGUUCUAGUCUGAUUCCUUUUUCGAGUAUCUUGCUGGAUGUGAACUAACAGGCAACAGAAUAACUGGGGGCAGUCGAUUGGCCAAGCGCGCCCCAACUGUUCAUUUCCUUUAUUGUGCAUUCACUGGGCGGGCAGUCGGGUGCUGAGCCGGUGUUUUGACGGGUUCAGCGCAAAGGGUGGUCUCAAAAGGCCAGAGUAAACUAUAGAAGGUGCGGCGCACCUGAUGCGUCAAAAACCGCCGCCUCCAUGACAGAAUCAUAUGAUCCCGACGAGGACCGUCGUUCUCCCGGGCUGGAGGCGACCAAGCCGGAUUAUAAGCCCCAUAAAGAACCAACGCCUCCUUUCAUAGUCAAGGAGGUCAAGGAGCCCGAGGGCGAAUUUAAAUAUUCUCCAGGCGAGGGAACACCGGACUGUUCCCGUAAGCCUCAAUCGAACCUAUACAAGUCCGAAACAAGCGAGGGCAACUCGGUGCUGAUCAGCUAUAUAGACCCUAACCGACCUGAUAUUGCCAAUUAUGAGAGAGCUGACCCACUUCGCCCGGAGCACUUCCGUGACAUUCUCUGUGAUGAUCUGCUGGAGAAGCCUCUUGUCAAGCCCGAGAAGCCAAAGCUAGAGAGCCCCGUGGUGGAGCCGGCAAAGCCUAGAGAGCCCCAGUCAGAGACAGAUGCGAGUGAAGCAGCGAAGCGCGCUCUUGCACUGUUAGAUUUACCAAAACCCAGUGAUGGACCCUUGGAGCCUCCAGAGAUCCCCGUGAAACCACACGUUCCUUCUCCUGACGCGCGCGGUGGCGUUAAAGUGGAAGUGCUGUCUCCAAAAGCCUCCCAGCCACCACCCCCGGCCCUUCCCAGUAUCACGGAGAAGAAACCGUUCAGCCCCCCUUUAAGCCAAUAUGCAAUCUCCCUACAUCCGUCGCCGGACGUGUUGCCCCCGUUCCACUCACCUGACAACACUACCACCCUCCCCCCUAUUCAGACUGCACUACGUGGUAUCGCUCAUGUUAAUGAGCCCGCUGCACGCGUCAAUGGCUCCUCUCCGUAUUCUCUACCACCCGUCACAGCUAGUUCCCCACCGGGCCUCCGGAGUGAACCUGUCUGGGAGCAUCAACGGCCGGGCCAUUUUCCACCUCCCCAGAUCCCUCCUAGUCCUUACUCGCAUUUGUCACCUGCGAGUACCAAAGAUUUGUCCGCCGUAUCGUCUCCAGCAACGCAGAAUUCAUACUGGAGAUCUCAGAAAUCCGACAUACCUUAUAUCACAUCCACCUAUGACAUCGCCCAUUGUGACGCUAAAAGCCCUGCCACGAGCUAUCCAACCCCCACAGAUCAAACUCCGGCGGGGACGUGUGAGCGGACACCAUACAACCCAAGUCCACAACACAAUGGAGUUGUCACCUCGGGAGCCUACAAAUGUCGGCAUCCGGGGUGCACCGCUCCGCCUUUCCAAACUCAGUACCUAUUAAAUUCUCACGCGAAUGUCCACUCGCAAGACCGACCCCAUUUCUGUCCCAUUGAGGGCUGUCCUCGUGGAAUCGGCGGGAAAGGGUUCAAGCGCAAAAAUGAGAUGAUCCGACAUGGCCUGGUUCACAAUUCCCCUGGGUAUGUGUGCCCGUUCUGUCCCGACCAACAACAUAAAUACCCACGACCGGACAACCUCCAGCGACACGUGCGGGUCCACCAUGUGGACAAAAGCAAGGAUGACCCCCAGCUGCGGCUAGUCCUAUCGCAAAGACCAGAAGGCAGCGCGCGAGGGCGCCGCCGUCGGAUCAACGCUUGAUUCACUAUUUCUAUGAAAUGCGCAUCAUACGUAUCGACUUCUGCCUGUGAGAAGAUGGCUUUCUCACUAUUAUCGAGAAUGACGCGGUCAUCUUCACGAUGUUUUGCCUUCUUCCCCCCCCCCCCAACAACAACACCUUUUUGAUGUACACUGUGCAUGCAUUAUGAAUCUCUGCCAUAUUUCUCAUACCAUUCUCUUUUUGUGUUGUCCGUUGUUUACUUGUUCGAGAUACCAGAUGUCUAGAGUUACGAGCCACAUUUAUCGUUUGUCAUUCGUUUCAUGUCCGGAUAUACGCUACGUUUUAUGAAGCGUGGGAUUGUACAGGAAUCAGGAUCCGCGGUUGGGCGUCUAGUGAAGGUUUUUUUUAUUCUAUAUCUUUUUUUUUCUCUUCAAAAAUCUACUGUGCUUCAUUUUCCGUUUCAGAGAUGGAUCUUUUUUU